CGACAAUCCGAUACGGAUACCCAGCGCUCCAGCUAUCUAACACAACAACCGACAGCAUUUUGCGCGCCGUUCUCUCACUUCUCUAGGAGUCCGAGUUACAAAUUUAGGGCAGCUCGUUUUACCGUGUCCAAUCCCAGCCUAAGGAUGUUGGCGCUUUUGCAAUAACCGAGCCAUUCCCCUGAAAACCAGCUUUCCCUGAGCUGAGAGGCCGCUGGUUCGGGGUCGCGGUCGUGACUCGUGGGUCUCGACAAUGGCCGCAUCACGUCGCGGGCAGCCGCCGCUCUCGGUUCGGCUGCCGCAGCCCUCCGCAACGGCCGCCUUGGCCGACCUUCCGCCCAUAUCGGCCCUCUUCCUCAUCGACUUUGACGUCAAGGCCGGCUACACCAUCGUCUGGAAACAGGCCGUUUCCGGCCUCGAGCUGGAGGGCACCGUCGAGUACAAGAGCCUGCCGUCCGGCCUCCACACCGUGUCUGAUGACCUAAUAUACUUCGUUCACGAUGGUGGCCAUGCCGGCCUUAGCGCAUUCGUGAAUACCCCCACCGAUGAGGAGGAGACGCGCCAUGCGCGCAUGAUCGCCGUUGGCGUGCUCGUGCCGCUCAGUUACGGCCGCCUCGGAAGGGCAUGGCGCCAUGCCGAGGCUCUGAAGGAUCUCGCUGCCAAGCUCGCUGCCGAUCGGAGACAGACACAACUGCUAGCGAACUACUGGGAGCAGCACGCGGUGCGCGGGAUCACCGCGCCUCAGCCGCUGAAAGACACACCCCUCGAAUCUCCCGUCUUGAGUAUCAAGGUCAGCCGCCCGGGUCUAGGUAAAGGCCAUGUUAGGAACCGCUCUGCGUCGGAUGGCGCAGCCUUGAUCCCGCCGGGCCAUCGACUCUCUCCCUUCCAUCCAGCCUGGAGUCUCACAUCCCUGCUGGACACUUUUGGGCCACUGAUCUUCCCCAUUCACCGCACCGCGCUGUUGCGCAAGCGCAUUUUGAUCUCCUGCCAUGCCCCUGUGCAUGAGGUCUGCAAUUUUGUGUAUGAUAUCUCAGUUCUGUCCAAUGUACCCCUGUCCGUUUGCGACAUAAUAGACCCUUCAGCCCCGGUUCAGCGCCUUCGGCCGCUAUUCACAGUCGGCGUACAUGACAUAUCCUCCUUAUUAGAGAACCAAGUCGGACGAAAGCGAUCCGUCCGAGGGGACAACCCCGACGAAGACGCCGGUUCGGGAUGGGUCGCGUGCACCACCGACAGCAUCCUCGCCAUGAAGGAGGGGCUCUGGGACAUGCUCAUCACCAUGCCACCACCCUACACCUCCAACGCGAAGCAUCGCGUCUGGCCGAGAGUAGAAUGCCCCAAGGGAGUCCCCGUGAAAGCCACCCAGCGCGACCUCCGCCGCUUUCGCUCCCUCACCAUGGGCCUCCGUCGGUUCGCAGUAGCACGGGGCUCCGGCCCUCGCUCCCAACCGCCCAACCCACGCAGUCCACCCUCGGACGCCGGCGACUCCCCCGUCCCGACCAUCCCCGCCAUCCGCCUCUCCAAACCAUCUUCAACGUCCCGACCCGGAACUGCUGCAACGGAUGACCGUCCACCAACCCUCUCCGCGGUAGGCAACGGUAGCGACGACACAGAUAAGAUUAUCGAGCCCACCACCUGGGCCGCCCUAGCCUACAACGGCUUCAUGUGGUGGGCCUCGGCAGGCGAGAAGCGGCACAGCGAGGAGAUCGACGAGCAGAGUCACGACGCCGCGCUGCUGGAGGACCUGAUGGCGCCGACGCCUGGAUCACCCGUUAUGGGCGGCGGCGGCGGUGGCGGUGGGCCCACCUCAUCCUCCCAACGGCGCGGGGCGCAAGGGCAGGGUCAGGAGCAGGAGCAGGGGAGAUCUAGCUUUGGCGCGGCCACCACCACCAGCAGUAGCGGUGGCAUGGGCCUGACCGAUUCGCUUGCUCCACUCCCUGACCAAAAUGGUGAUGGCGCUGACGAUGAAGAUGAUGAGGAUGCGCGAGCGCAGGUCGAGCUCGCGGUGGUGGCGUAUUUCCACCGACUGACUACCUCUGUGUUAUCUGUCCUGGCGGAUAUAGUCGACUCCUCCGAGGACGAUGAUGACAAUGACCUGUUGGACCUGGACGUGGAUACCAAUGCCGAGCUUGAUGGGCCUGCAUCGUCGCCGUCGCUAAGUGGAGCGGAGCAUGACCGAGGCAGUCGGGAAGAGGAAGCGAGGUUGCUGGGAGCGAGCGGCAACAGCAGCAGCAGGGGCUGGGUGAGGGUCGAUAGUCAGGCGCUCGCUGAAAUGGGGCUGGAUGUCUGGAGCGAGGCGGACGCUGACUUUGUCAGGGAGCUGGUGGCGAGGUAUUUCUCUAGGAGAGCGUAUGUUGAGACGAAGGGGGUUGAGAUUUGCGGAGUGAGGGUUUGUUAGUGGCGGCCCGCAUAAGGGUUGAGUGGCUGUUUUAGGUUGGGACUAAUAGUUAUACUGUGGUAGUAUAUCCUUGGCCAUGGUGAACGCUAGGGCAGUGAAGGGGCUAUAGGAGGACGUGGAGUGGAUGAAGUUUACUACACUAAGCCUGCUGCUAAUGAUGCUGCAUGACGUGUAGAUCAGGCGGUUUGCAAGGCAAUCAGACUGUUUAUAAACCGUGAGUUAAAGCCUCUAAUAUGUCUAGAAUAGUGCAUGUUGGACUCCCCUUAGUAACGGAACUACGAUCCAUCCAUUUUCACGGCUACUAGUAGUAUAUUUGGCAGGUGAAAUGCUACAGCC